UAUCCAAAAUGAUGAGAGUAUUUUCAGUAGUUUCUAUUCUUUUCAUAAAUACUAUCAAUCAAGAUACACUGAAAACCGAUUCGAUUUCAAAAUUAUUAAAUAUUAAUACGAAAAGUGAUUUUCUUUAUAUUUUUUCAACAAAUUGUGUAUCUGAAAAAAUAAAAACAUAUUUUUAUUGAAAAUGUACAACGUAUCAAAAGGACCUAGCAAAUUAGUUACACAAACUCGAAGAGGCAUUUCACAACAUUUAGAACGUUUAGAAAAUAGAAAGGAUAAUACAAAAAAAUCACAAGAAAGCUUAACAGAAAAAGAAACAAGUGUUCCGAAACCAAUAUUUCAUAGUAAUGGUUACUUAAAACGAAAUCAUUUAAAUAAUUGUAAUCGAGGGAAAGAAGUAAUCAGUCCACAGCAUGCUGAAAUUAUACGGUUUAUAAACGAAUCUUGGAAAAAUGUACAUUCACAAUAUGAACAGUAUAGUCCAGCAUCAUCACCAGGCAGUAAUUAUUCUACAAAUUCAACACAAUCCGUAAUAUACUAUGAAGAGGAACCAAGGGAAUCAAUACAAAAUUUUCAACCAUUUGAUCUGGAAUCAUGGUGGAGUAAGCGUUUAUAUAAUAAAAUAACAAAAUCAUUAUGA